ACUAAGAUGGCGGACAGGUAACGUAGAAGAUAAAAGAUGACUUGGUCGUAAGUUAGAGAUUAGCGAUGGGACAAGAUCAAAGCAGUGGCUUUCCAGGUCAGAUGGGCCAUCCAAAUAUUCCUGCUUCCGCACAUUCCGUAGGGAAAGUUAAAGAUGACGAUGGAAAAUCGAAAUCCAAACAGAGAGCGAAAUUGGAAGACAUCAUGGUCGUGAAUGCCCCAACAGGAAAGACAAAGCUUGUUUCCAAAAAUGAAGAUCACGAUAUAAAGAAUUUGAACGAAUUACCUUACUUUCUACCACUGCUGAGAAGCACUGUCAAUGUUCCUGCGAGCAGAGACUUAGAUUUCUUGGAUAAAUUCGAUUUGCGUCCUUGCUUGUCGUUGUGUUCGCGCUACGAGAAACAUUUGAAACAGUGCGCUGAAGCUGUAUCGUUUGAUCAACAUAUGCUGUCAUCACAGAUUCGAGAAAUGGAUACAUACUGUGCCUCAGUUCUACGAAGAGUGAACGACAGAUAUAAAAGAUUGUCUCAGGUAGCGAUGCAGAUGAAAAAAGUCGAAGAAAUGAAUACAAAUUUGAGGAGAAUUGAUGCUAAUCUUAAGCGCCUUGUUCCAAUGAUGGAAAGACUAAAUAACGUUUUACCCGAUGAAGAACGCCUCGAGGAGUUUGCUUUAUCUCCAUAUAGUAUACAACGAUGAUACCGAGACCUAUUGUGGCUAAAGGCAACGUACAUGUAAUUUUAGCCUUUAUUUCAGCUUUAAAGCACCUAGCCACCUAUCUUUAUCUCAUUAUCUAAUGUGCUGUUCCUUGUCCCUCAAACUUUACAGACAAGUUUGAACUCAAUUCUGCUAUGUUCUAUUUAAUAUUAUACAGUGAGCUAAGUUACCCAUGCAGUUUGAUUGCUGUUACAAUAUAUUGGAGUACAGACACGUAGAUGA